AUGAUGUCCUUGACGAACAAUCUUCCCACAAACAAUCUUUCUGUCCUACCACCCAUUCUCACCGAUGGAACGGUCAAGUCAAAUCCGAAAGAUCGUCUCUCCACCUACUCCAACCUCUCGAUCACAUCGCAAAAUCGCUCGCGCCCAGGCUCCCACGUCUUCCCCAUCUUCCAUACCAGUCUACCAUACGCCCUGGUUCGAGACUUCGCCUACCCUUCCACCCAUCCCCUCCACUAUGGCCCUCCUCCCCCUCGUGCCUCCAGCGUCUCCACCCCCGCAAGCGAACAUAGACGCCUUUCCGAUCCACCGCCCUCGUGGGAUAUGCGCGGCUCAUGGGCAUCGGGUCAAUCAGCCCCAGAAGUUAAUCAUGGCCAUGUCCAACAAUUGCCCGCUAUGUCUUUCGGGGAUGGGCCCCCGUACAGUGAGGACGAAGACUUGCAUAGCCCGGUAGUCACUUCACGGCAUCACAAGAAAUCAUCCGAUGUGAAUGGUCUCGUAGAUGAGAGAGUCAUGUCUGGAACUGGGAAUAAUGAUCGUGGAAUGCUAGUCGGCAUCAAUGCCGAUGGCAGUGAAACUUACUACGUAAAUGACGGAGACACAAAUGACGAUGGGCCCGGCGGGGAAUACGUCACAUAUCCCGCGAAUGAAGGGCGGUAUUCUAUCAUGGGAUACAGUGGCCCCGGUGGCCAGCAGGGCUUUGAAAAUGAUCACGGCUUCGAGUCCGAGGAUGAAAUCUCCGGUGUGAACCGGUACUCGAGGGAUUAUCAAUUUGCUGUUGGCUGUCCGGAUGAAGAGAUGCACGGGAAGGCCGUUGCUCUCUUUGACUUCACACGAGAACACGAAAAUGAACUGCCUCUGACGGAGGGCCAGGUCAUUUAUGUCUCAUACCGACAUGGUCAGGGCUGGCUUGUUGCUGAAGAUCCCAAAACAGGCGAGAACGGUCUCGUCCCAGAGGAGUUUGUCCGCCUCCUGCGAGACAUUGAAGGAGGUCUGACUUCUCUGAACGGCGAACCAAACCCAGACAUCACCGGCAUCGCAGAUGCCAGCCUAGACUCCAACGAGUCCGACCAACUAUCCACGCCGACCCAAACAGAACGACCUUCUUUGGACGGAACCGACGCUUCUACCAAAGACACAAACGGCAACACAGCCGCAUCUGCUCCAUCAGAUACCAAAGUCUCGCCCGCGAAGCGUGCCAGCACGCUAACAAAAACCUGA